CAUGUUUUCUGCAUUUCAAUAAAGAUCAAAUAGGUCAAUGAUAUCACUGACGUUAAUUUAUUUUUUUUAUUCUUACUACUUAAACUCGUGUAAUUUUAAAUGAAUCCAUCAGUUAGUCAGUAAACGAAUAACUAAACACUAGCAAAAUGACCGGAGUACCUUGUCAAUUAGUGAUUAUUUCCGAGGAUCCAGAUAACUUACCAAUAAAGGACGCCUUUGUUAUUGUAAAGCAGUUAUUUAUAUAUGGUGUAGAGGAUGUAUCACUUAAGGGAGAUAAAAUAUUUGUCAAACUAUCGUACUCACCUAAUAAUAAGACAUUAAAAAAGAAGUUUGGAUACCUUCCAAUAAGGUAUAUGAGAAUUAAAAUAGACAACGAGGAGGAGUUCCAUGUACUGGAAGAUAUCUGCAAAAGAUACCGCUUCAACCUUCUGGACGAUGAGGUGGAGGAAUUUGAAAGGUACCAAGAAAAAAAACAGCUGGUGGGUAUAAAGCGACCAUUUCUUUCUCCUCCUCCUCCUCGUCCUCCUUCUCAUUUUGGUCACUCUUCUCUUCUACCAAUGACUUCAUCUUCUACACCAACGAAUUCAACUGCUCCACCAACGAAUUGGGCAACAACAUCAGCAGAAUCACCAGCAAAAAAACAAAAACGAAAAAUGACGAGGACGACGACAUCACAAAACCCAGAGGAGGUACUAGAUCUUGACGAACUUAAUAUAGAUCAUUUCCUGAGUCAGAAAUAGAAAAAUUGGGAAAAAGUAUGUAGAUUUAUUAAAUAAAAUGCGUUUUUAAUUA